ACUGUGACAUCACUCCAGUUGUUUGGAGAAGCCGGAAGUGAAUUCAGGAAAAUUACAACAAACGGAGCGGGGGACAGUUAGUGAUCCACACGAAGAGCUUGGCAAAGACUGGACUGAAAACUACUGGCGUCUAAUCGUCACACUUCCUCAAGAAGCAGCAGCCGAACCGGAUUGUAAUGUCCAGCAUGGAAAAGAAUUUGUUUAACCUCAAGUUUGCAGCCAAAGAGCUUCAGCGGAGUUCCAAGAAAUGCGACAAAGAAGAGAAAGCAGAGAAGGCCAAGGUCAAGAAGGCGGUCCAGAAGGGCAAUAUGGAGGUUGCCCGGAUACAUGCAGAAAACGCCAUUCGCCAGAAGAACCAAUCAGUGAACUUCCUCAGAAUGAGUGCAAGAGUGGAUGCGGUGGCUGCGCGAGUACAGACAGCAGUCACCAUGAACCAGGUCACCAAAUCUAUGGCUGGGGUGGUGAAGGGCAUGGAUGCAACCCUGAAGAGCAUGAACCUUGAGAAGAUUUCAGCUCUAAUGGAAAAGUUUGAGCGUCAGUUUGAAACUCUGGACGUACAGACGGCUCAGAUGGAGGACACAAUGAGCAGCACCACAACACUCACUACACCACAGGGUCAAGUCGAUGCUCUGAUGAUGGAAAUGGCGGAUGAGGCUGGGCUGGACCUCAAUAUGGAGCUUCCUCAAGGUCAGACAGGAUCAGUGGGAACCAGCGUAGCAUCAGCAGAACAGGACGAGCUCUCUCAGAGACUGGCCAAACUCAGAGACCAGGUUUAAGGAGAACCGGGUGUGUGUAUGUGUGUGUGAAAGAGAGAGACUCUGUAUAUGCAAGUUUGUAAGAAACAUAUCCCCUGUUUACUGACCCCCUGGAAAUAUUGGCCUCAUUGCUUAUUUGUGUUUAGUUUUCUUUGUCUGCAGUUGAGGAUGGGUGUGCAGCUUUCAUUAUCCACAAUAACACAAAAUUACAAAUAUUACGUGGUAACGCUGCUGGCAUCAGGUUAGUUCUGGGGUCCUGCUCUGAACUCAGUAAUAAUUGAAUUAAAGAUUAUUAUACAUUUCUUUGUAAUAGUGCUCUUUUUAUUUGUGUUCAUGUUUUAAUACCAGCUUGUCUUUCAAAUACGUUUUAUGCCAGUGUAGCUAUGAACCUACACCAGCGUUGAUAUCAGACAAAUGUUGAGUAAAAUUGUGAUGUCUGUUUCUUCCUGCUGCACACAUGGUUUGCCUCUGCUUCGAUGGAUUGUGGGAAUUUGGGUAACUUAAAAUGCAUGUGAUCAAGAUGAUGAUUUGAAUAAAGUCUCAUCAUUUUGUCCAAAGCAGUAAAUUCCCCAGUUUAUCAGAUUAUUUAUGUCUUGUGUCUUUAGAGGAACUGAUCUUUAUGUUCAUUUAUUUUAUUUUGGUUUAUCCAAAAAGUGUAAAAAAAAAAAAAAGCUUUUGGCAAUGUAUGGCUCGAUCAGCUGGCUCAAAUGAGAACAUAUGUUUGCGUGUAUAUAAAUAAAAAUUUUGCAAAUUC